GAAAGAGCUUGUCAUAAUAAAUACCCCCAACCAUCAUCUCUUCAGCUGUCACCUCAUACUCAACUCUUUACCACACCUUCCUCUACCAAACCAAACAACCCUCCUACACAACAACAAUACAAUCAAAAUGUCCAAGUCUCGCAUGCCUCUUAUCCUCGGUGGUGGUGUCGCUGCUGGCAUCGGCUACUACCUUUACGCCGCUGGAGGCAACCCCCGAGCUGCUGAGAAGAAGUUUGAGAGUGAUGCCCACAGCGCUGCUGCCGAUGUCAAGAGCCACCUCCCCGGACGCACCGCCAACGUCGAGGGUGAGCUGAGGGGAGCUGGUGCUGCCACUGGUCAAAAGAUUGACCAAAUUACCGCCGCGGCCGAUCGCCAGGCUGGUGUCCUCAAGAGCAACGUCGAGGCUGUUGCCAAGGACGCAAAGGCUGAGGCCAUGCGAGUCGUCGACAAGUUUGACAACCGCGUCGAGGCCGAAGCUGCCAAGGCCAAGGGUGGCAUCUCAAGCUGGUUCGGCGGCGGCAAAUAAACGAUUUGUCGACAAAGAACUACAUGAAAGCAUAGCAACUGUAUUAUUUAUCUAAUCAAGGUCGGAGCCUACGGUUACGUUUUGGGUUUGAGCGGGCGAAUAGUAAUGCAUGGCUCAGCAGCAUGAGACUGGCCGUGCGAUAGCUCUGGGUCUCUCUGCAUACAAUGUAAUUCAAUAGUAUAAGAGCAAUGAAAUCACGGUCAACGAACAAUCAAGACGAGUGUUUCUGCAGUAAUGUUCUUGAAAAACUUUGGAUAUAAUGACGGAUGAUGAUGUUUGUAUCUGAGCCUCAACCACCAGUUUUUAAAUAUUGUCUAAAGCUCAUUAGUUUCAUAUAGCCAAGCACCUAAACUCCGGACCGUUUAAUACAUGUUCUGGUUACCACCAGUUGAUGGCUGCUAAUAUUGGCAGGUCUAUUGUUCCAGCUCUUCAGCAACCAGCUUCAGAAUCUCUUCACAGCUCUUCCCAGCAUUCGCAGGCUUCUUGGCGACAGCUGGCCAUAUGUCGCCAUGUCGAGGCUCAUUGAGAACACACUUGGUCACAACAUCAGCUUGCUUCUCCUCUGUGCCGUGCUGGCAUAGGAACUUGUAGUACCAAGCCCAUGCGUCUCCGUAGUCGCUAUCGCGCACAAUGGCCUUUUCGAACCACUUCUGCGCCUGUUCUAGCUUGCGAUCGCCCCAGAAGAUGCGCGCCGCGACAACAAAGAUGAUAGGACUACCAUCCACAGUCUUGAUAGCCUCAAGAAUACGAGCCUUGCGCUGUGUGCGUGCUUCCAGAUGCCAGACCUGUUCUGCCCAGAGGACAUCACUCUUGGGAACUUCUCGGUGCGCUCUGGCCAUCAUCGCCUUGGCCUGCGCCAUGUUACCAGCUCGUCGUUCAAGUCGCACUGACUCACGCCACAGCAGCGCAUUAUUUGGUACCGCCAGUCGAGCACGGUCAAGCACAGAUCGAGCCUUGACGGUAAGGCCGCUUUCCUCCUCCAACUUGGAAUACAAAAGCCACAGGGCUACUGAUUUCGGUACAGCCUUGACACCAGUUGCAUAGGCCUCUCUCGCCGGGCCAAU